AUGAGCUACUACGGCUACUAUGGAGGCCUGGGCUGCGGCUGCAGGGGCUUCGGGGGCCUGGGCUAUGGCUGUGGCAGCUUCGGCAGACUGGGCUACGGCUGUGGCUUUGGGUACGGAGGCUACGGGUACAGCUGCUGCCGUCCAUCUUGCUAUGGAAGAUACUGGUCUUCUGGCUUCUACUGA